AGGUCAGAGAUGCGUCACGCACACCGGCAAUGGGACCUGUAUGCAUGUCUACAAAUGUCUCUCCACUGUUUUAGAUUUAAAGAAGAAGGUGCAUCCGAGAAUAUGCUCCUUCAGAAGCAAGGAACCAAUAGUUUGCUGUACGGACUGCGAAGCAGUUAAUGACACCAGGAAUGUGCUGGUGGAUAACGAAGGAGGAGUAUUCUUCAAAUCUGGACAGAAAGCGAGAGAUAAAUGUAUCGAACACCUGACCCGCCUCCCCUACUUCUGCCAGACGCAAGGCCUGGAGCGGUUCUGGAGCGAGCAGAAGCAGUGCCACGUGUACGAGCACACCAGCACCGCUGUGGUAUACAACGGAGAAGAUGCUGAGGCAUCCAGGUUCCCUCAUAUGGCUCUACUCGGCUACGGCUCGAAGGCUAGCACCCAGUGGCUCUGCGGGGGGUCGCUCAUCAGUGACCGCUACAUCCUGACCGCCGCUCACUGCAUGUCUGCGCCGGACUUGGGACCAGUUAGAUACGUGGCCAUGGGAAUCCUAAAGCGGUCAGAUCCUCAAGAACUCUGGCAUGUCUACAAAGUCAUCAAAGCUAUCACCUAUCCGGAGUACAGCCCGCCUUCGAAAUACCACGAUAUAGCAUUACUUAAGACUGAUAGAAAAAUCGUCUACAGUAAGGACGUGUUUCCCGCCUGUCUGAACUACUUACUCGACUCAACCUACUCAGCGAUCGCUACAGGAUGGGGGAAGCUGGGCAAGGAUCAACCUCUAGCUGAUAACUUACAAGAGGUACGUCUUGAAGAGUUCUCCGAGCACGACUGCAAGACCUACUUCCCCCCACACCGGCUGCUGAAGCAAGGCUACGACCAUAACAUGCAAAUGUGCUACGGAGACCCAGAGUCGCCUAAGGACACUUGUGAGGGCGACAGCGGAGGCCCUCUCCAGAUAACCUCAAUCCUCUCCAAGUGCCUCCACUCCGUCGUGGGAGUGACGUCAUACGGUCGCGCGUGUGGCACUACAGCCGACGCCGGCAUGUACACACGAGUGCGGUACUACCUGCCCUGGAUAGAGGCUAUUGUUUGGCCAGAUCAAUAAAAUGGAUUUGUUUAGUGUGGUGUUUUAUUUUAGGGUGGAUGUUGCGUAGCGGGAGCGCCUCUUAUCAAAAGAAAAUCAUUACACUAGUGUUGCUAGCAGGCAAAAAUGAUCCCACAGGAACAUAUAAUCUGGAUAAAAACUAUCCUGUGUUAAUUCUGGUU